AAAAUUUGUGUACUAGUGUGAUUUUUAUAGAUUGUAUAAUAUUAUACACCCUUUUAUUUGUACACUUAUGUUACACAUAAUCAUUACGCCUCAGUUUUAGGGAUAUUUGACAAGAUGAUUAAGUGUGAUCCGCAUUCCGCCUUUUUUGGCCUCAUGGGCAUGGUAUGUGCCAUGGUAUUCUCAAACCUUGGCGCUGCCUAUGGUACUGCAAGAAGCGGUGUAGGUGUUAGCAGUAUGGGUGUUAUGCGCCCAGAUUUAGUGAUGAAAUCGAUCGUACCAGUUAUUAUGGCUGGUGUCCUGGGUAUCUACGGGCUCAUUAUUUCAAUUAUCAUUUGCACCAGCUUUGGUGCCCCUGACAAGUAUUCCGCCUUCGCUGGCUACUCUCACCUCUCAGCUGGUUUAAUUGUGGGCCUCAGUGGUCUGGCUGCUGGACUUUCAAUUGGUAUCGUUGGUGAUGCUGGUGUACGUGCCAACGCACAGCAGACACGUCUUUUUGUCGGUAUGAUUCUCACACUCGUCUUUGCCGAAACACUCGCACUUUACGGUCUCAUUAUCGGUCUCGUCAUUGUCAUGCAAGUACCAAAGGAUGCACUCUGCUCGUCGUACUUGGAGGGAUAAAAAUUUCUUGCUAUUGU